AUGGGCAUCUAUUAUAGUCUGAUAUCGGUUUUUUCAUCACCGACAUCGACUAAUAAUCGAAAUGCCCAUUCAAUAUCACGUUUAAAAUCUUCUAAUAAACGUCGACGUCGUCAUAAGCGACAUCAUUUAUUAAAUCGUUUUUUCUUGGGUUCAAGUCAUUUUUUUGUCAAUUCACAAACUCAGACAUGUCUAUUUCAUGAAUAUUAUGCAUUAAAUUUAAAUCGAGAUAUAUUAUCACCUGUACACUUACAUCUUUCAUUACCAGAAUCAAAUCAUUCAACGAUAAUACGUCC